AUGGCGACCGGUUCUGGACGUUACCUUCGUUAUAUCCUCUUUGCCUUCUUUGGAAUACUCAUACUCUACUUCAUAUCUACAUCCUCAUUGCCUUCCUACACACCAUCCAUAGCCGAUGCAGCGGGCAAACUCUCCUGGGAAGACACAAAGGUCCCAACGACACCACCACCACCUGAGAAGCCAGCUUCGAAUCCCAAUGAAAUUUCCGAUGCCUUCUCCUCGAAACCUCAGAAUCCACAAGCGGGUACCUCUCCGCUACCGAGCAUCACUCCUGUGGCCCCCAUAGAACUUUCGCCUGCUGCGCCUGGGGAACGGGUCAAUGCCACUUUCAUUACGCUGGCAAGAAACUCUGAUGUUUGGGAAAUCGCUCGUUCCAUCAGACAAGUUGAAGACAGAUUUAACAGGAACUACAACUACGAUUGGGUUUUCUUGAAUGAUAAGCCAUUCGAUGAGCAAUUCAUGAAGAUCACAACUUCUCUCGUCUCAGGCAAAACCCACUAUGGGCAGAUUCCCGUCGAACACUGGUCAUUCCCGUCAUGGAUCGAUCAGAAGAAAGCCGAAGCCGUUCGUGAAGACAUGCGCAGGCGGAAGAUCAUCUAUGGUGACUCGGUCAGUUACCGACACAUGUGCCGCUUCGAGUCAGGCUUCUUCUUCCGACAUCCGCUUCUGCAACAAUUCGAAUACUACUGGCGAGUAGAGCCAAGCGUGGAACUUUUCUGCGAUGUUCAUUAUGACCCUUUCAAAUAUAUGAAGGACAACAAGAAAAAGUACAGCUUCGUCCUCAGCUUAUACGAAUAUGUCGAGACCAUUCCCACCCUUUGGGAAAGCACUAAGAAAUUCAUGAAGGCCCACCCCGAGCAUAUCCAUCCUGAUAACUCAAUGGCUUUUUUGAGCGAUGAUGGAGGCGACACGUACAACAAGUGCCAUUUCUGGUCCAACUUUGAAAUCGGAAAUCUGGACUGGCUUCGAUCACAGGCUUAUCUCGACUUUUUCGAAUCUUUGGAUAAAGAUGGCGGUUUCUUCUAUGAACGUUGGGGUGAUGCUCCCGUUCACUCUAUUGCCGCGAGUCUCCUCCUCCCUAAGGACGACAUCCACUUUUUCAACGAUAUUGCCUACUAUCACGUUCCCUUCACACAUUGUCCCACUGGUGAAGAUCUUCGACUGAAACUUCGAUGCCACUGUGAUCCAACGGCCAAUUUUGAUUGGAAAGGCUACAGUUGUACUUCAAGAUUCUUCGAUCUCAACAAACUAUCCAAACCGGAGGGCUGGGAGGGCCAAGCAUGA